CGCCUCCUGUUGAGAGUUCAGUACAACUUGUGGCAGGUGUUGUCGAGGGUGGCUAUACUCCAGUGAGUGUUCCGCCUAUACCACGUGUCUCCCUGUACUUACACUUACUCCACCACACGCACUCUCACACCAGACACCCCUUGUUAAUCUCUGACUUCCUCCCUAGGCCUAUUUUUCGACUGACCAUAGGCUCAUGGUACCGUUAAAAGUGCCCCUUGGCAAAAAAGUUAGAAAGUGUGCCAGCAGUGUUGGAACCGUGGAGUGAAAAGCAAGUGCAUCAUACCCACUAAAACAUACGACACUUCGAACAGCCUGAGGUGGUCUAAACUUCUUGCUAGCUAUUGUGGAACCUAGAAGUUAUUUGACGACUCUGCUGCAUCUUUUUGCCUGGAAGCAGAUAUUUUGUGGCCAGUGUUGCAAGAUAACUGGUGACAAGAAAGUAGAUGACUCCGGAAGUCAGUCAGAAUUGAACAGCUGGUCCAGGAGUGGGGAAACAAACAUCAACUAAACAAGCUAUCAGGAAGGUCGUGGUUGAAAAUGACUGAGUAGGCCACCUGAAGCAAGCCUAGUGAAUUGUAGUGAGAGCACUGUGAUGACCUCCCACGGCCACUUCUGGCUCGUCAUGUGGGGGUGGGAUGGUGGGGGAGGACGCCCCCGACCACACACCAGCUACACUCACAUAUGUGGUCGUCGUAGUGUGGCCACUCACACACACAGAUGUGGUCGUAGUGUGACCACUCGCAUCAUUACCCUGUUGAUGAUAGCAGCGUUGUGGUGCAUCAGUCCUGGGUCAGCCCAGGAUGACACCACUGUAAUGGCGUCCAGCCUGCCCACCACCACCUACCCCAACACCACUCUUGCAGGUUUUCCCGAUGGGCCCACAACAGUCAGCACACCUGAACCUAAGUGCCACCUUUCCAAUACUUGGCCUCCGGUGGACAAUAGCACCAAGAGUCUGCUGGUAGGCUUCCUGCCCACCAGGUUGGGGGAUAAGGACGAGAGACUGGGUCUCAAGAUCAUUGGGGCUUUCUCUUCGUCAGUCGAGGAUGUCAACAAGAGAUCUGUCCUGCCAGAGAACUACAUCAUGAGGUUCGAGAUUCAGGACACCGAGGGAAGGGAGGAUCUGGGCAGCAAGCAUGUGGUGGACCUGCUCUGCAAGCAAGUCCAUGCAAUCUUCGGUCCAGAGCACAACUGCUUCGUGGAGGGCACCAUCGCCCAAGGAAAAAACCUUCCAAUGAUAUCAUACGCCUGCAGUGAUGAACGAGCCACUAAAUUCACCACUUUUGCCAGGACAAACCCUUCAGAGAUAUAUAUCAUCAAGACAACAGUAGCUACACUACGACACAACAAGUGGCGUAAAUUCUCGAUCAUCUACAGUGAAGAUAACCUCAGCAUGAAGGAUACACUUAAGUAUGAGGCCUCCAAAGAAAAUAUGACAAUCAACCACGAGAUUCUCUACAACAGGGACCUCCUCUCCUACAACUUCCUUCAAACGAAGAACGGCACCAGAAUUUAUGUGUACAUUGGCCAUCGCAAUGAAGUAAAUCACCUUUUAACUGUAAUGGCCAUGACUGGAAUAUUCACACCAAGGGAAAUAAAAGAGUAUCUACUCCUCUUCGUAGAACGUGAAGAGUAUGUUCCAAAUACCUGGCACAGCUAUAUAUGGGGGACGAAUGCAAUGCUUGAGAUUAGCAAGAAUAAAGUAUGUUUUGAACGGGAUCUGAGGGCUUAUGAUGGUGCAUUUGUGGUUGUUGCUAACCGGCUUCCUGAUGUUAAAAAAGUGGAAAAUAUGGUUCGAGAGUACAACAAGAAGUCUCCCUUUUGCUUGGGGAAUCAUGGCUUGAAAAACAAAAAGCACGUUCCAUAUCUGCCGUCGUCCUACCUAUAUGACUCAGUGCAGUUGUAUGCACGUGCAGUGUCGGAGCUCUACAAUGCCCAAAAUCCCAAGAACUUUUCUGUUGAGGACAUUGCCAGGGAUGGUGCCAAGAUUAAGAAUCAUCUCAAAAACAUGACAUAUCUAAGCCUUCUGGGAUACAACAUGACCAUGAAUGUAAAUGCAUCAAGUGAAGGCAAAUACAGUGUCUACUAUUUUUCUGACUGCCCAAAUUCAAGCCUGGAUCUUUAUCAGUGCUCAAAAUGCCUUUAUAAUAUCAGUGAUUAUUAUAGUGAGAACUCAUCCCUUAUGGCCACUGCUGAAAUGAUUAAUAUUAAGGAUGAGCCAGAGUGUGGAUAUGAUGGAAAUUUAUGUAUUCACCCAGCUGGAAGGUUCAAAAAAAUCUUAGCCUACGUGAUGGGUGGACUCCUCAUCAUGAGCACCUUUAUAUCUACCAUUUUGUAUCGCAACUGGAAAUACGAGCAGGAAAUCGUCGGUCUGGAGUGGCGUAUCAAUCAUUUGGACCUGGUACUGAGUAACCACACCUCCGCUGGGAGUAGGGUACGUGAGGCCGGCUUAUACUCUACCUCUUCUUCCCUAACCAGCAGGCAAAGCCUUGUAAGUGCAGUUUCAUAUGAUUUGCAUGGACAGUGGUAUCAAAACUUGGCUAACUACAAAGGCACAAUGGUGUGCUUAAAGACGAUUUCCUUAAAUCAGAAGCGACCAGAGCUCAGCCGAAACAACAUGAAAGAAAUGAGAUCAACAACGAGUGUUCGAAGAAGCUGACAGUGAUUCCAAAGAAGCAGAUAAUAUGCAAAUGAAGGAAUUUACUCUUAAAGAAUUUGAAGACAUCUUUCGAGCUAUAGAAGUCGUGAAGCAAAAAAUAAUAGAUGCUGACCUUAAUGUUGAUUGAAGCAUGCAUAUUUGCCAAGAUGAGGAUAAAGCUGUCUGCCAUUACUAGUGUAUGUAUGAA